GUUAUGUUCUCUGUGUUUGUAUCAGGCAGGUUUCUGGGGUUUGGGGGUCUCGGGGUACAGGUGUUCCCCCUGCGACUGUGAUAUCGGUGGAGCUCACAGCACCACCUGUUCUCCGGAGGAUGGCCAGUGUCAGUGUUUACCCAACAUGGGGGGGCGACGCUGCUCCGAGCCCACCGCCGGCCACUUCCUGCCUCCUCUGGACUACUUCCUGUACGAGGCGGAGCUCGCCGCUCCACUGCAGGGAUCUCCUCCACCUCCUCCACCUCCUCCACCUUCUACACCUCCUACUCCUCCACCUCUUCCUCCUACACCGUCCUCUUCUUCUCCUCUGUUGAGCCCACUGGUGUUGCCGCGCUGUGAGCAGAUUUACCGAGAGCAGGGUUACGACUUUAAGGUCCGUGAUGGAGUGGUGGUUCUGGUCCGGAGGACUCGACGUGCUGGCCGCCGGAGGAGACAGAACCUUUCUCUGGAGCCGGGCCACGCCCUGCAGAUCAUCCCCCGUCAGAGGGCCGCGGGUCAGCUGAUCACCUGGACCGGCCUGGGAUUCGUCAGAGUGCUGGAGGGGGCGGGGCUUAGGUUUACUGUGGACAACCUCCCGUCGUCCAUGGACUACCAGCUCGUGAUUCGCUACGAGCCUGAGUCUCCGUCUGAUUGGUUGGCUUCAGUCAGCGCCAUUGCAGGGUCGCCAGGCAACGGCGGCUGCAGAGGCGACCCAAAAGGAAGUAGAACUCUGAUCCUUCCUGGAAACUCCAGAGGGGGGGUUCUGGACUCUCCGCUGUGUCUGAACGCUGACGCUCGGUACCUCGUGGACGUCGUCUUUAACAAACAGCCCGACGGCUCCAACAGCAACGGCAUCCUGAUCGACUCGAUGGGUUUGAUCCCCAGCAUCGAGUCGGUCCAGGACUUCUGUUCACAGACCGACCUCGACUCUUUCCGCCGCUUCCGCUGCAUCGGAUUGGCCGCUGAGCUCGACCCUCAGGGGGGGCUGCCGGAGGUUUGUGAGGGACUCGUGAAGAGCAUGUCUGCAAGGAUCCACCGCGGAGCCGUCCGUGAGUCCUCCAGGAACAUAGUACAUGAUGAAGUUCAUAUAAUCUAGCACAGCGGUUUUCAAAGUGUGAGGCGCGCCUCCCCAGGGGGGCGCCAGAGAGCUUCAGGGGGGCCGCAGCGUGAGAAAAUAAUAACGAGAAACAGUGAAAUGGAGCUAGCUAACUUCAGCUAACUUUAUGCGAGCGGCAACAUGGAUGGAUUUUUAGUGAAGUGACCUAAAGUGAGAGAGGAGACAGCGUCUGGCAGAAAACGUCUCUGGAACACUUUUGGCUGUCUG